AUGACACUGUGGAAGCACAUCUGCGAUGUGUGCCACCGCACCGUUUGCGACGACUGCGCUCCUCGCAACACCGAGAGCGUUGAUGCUAAGGGUGAAAAGGCGACGUUGCGGGUGUGCAAGACAUGCGGUACCACAGGGCACCGUCUAGGCAGCGCGGUUGGUGGCCACUCCGCUGCCGAUGGCGCACAGGGCACAGGCGCUGCUCGCCCAGACCCACAUAGUGAGGCUGAGAGAGAGCGCCGUGCGCGCAUCAUCGAAGAGCGCAGCAGGGCACAGAAAAACCGCGGACGCCCUCAACGCGCGGGCGGCGAGGGUGACUCCAGAGCUGCGGUUGCGAGUGAACGGCCUGCCCCACCCGCCCGGGCACCCUCAUCUCCUACAUCGGCCCCGCCAAGGGCGUCUGCCUCGCCUCCGGCCGCUCCGCCGCCACUGCCAGCAAACUCUGGAAGCCAAGAGCGUCUGGUCAACCCCGCCCUAGAGGCGGCGAUGCGACGCCAGCAACAGCAGCAAGCGCACGGUCGCACUGCACCUACUUUGCCGGCGGCCAACAUGUCUCCCGAGAAGACGCGUCUCCUUUGCGAGAUCGAGGCGCUCCUGGCGAAGCAUCUCGAGGAUCCGCCGUUUGGUUUGCGGGCAGCGGAUGAAGCGAAGCUGCACGGAUACCUUCAGUUCCUCAAGAAGAAGUACCAUUUGAGCGAGUAA